GGUGAAAGCACUUCAGAUGACGCUGAGAAUGCGCCGCGUCUUCUCUCCAACCCUAACAAGAAGCAAUUUUCUCUCAGCCUAACCUCUUUCUGAGGCGAGAGCGUGGAUUGGCUAAGGUUUCUCUCCGCGUAAGCCGUUUGGCUACUUCGGGCUGGGUUUUUUCAUACGGAAGUGGCCGUCGGCCGUUGUGGCCCGCGUCGCCUUCCUUGUUCGGAGUAAGCUGGGUCUUCUACUGCCAGCAUGGCCAACUCUGACCCCCACUAUCCCUGUUCCUCGAUAGAGGACGACUUCAACUAUGGCAGCUGCGUGGCGUCUGCUAGCGUGCACAUCCGAAUGGCCUUUCUGAGAAAAGUCUACACCAUCCUUUCUCUGCAAGUUCUCUUAACUACUGUGACAUCUGCAUUUUUUUUAUACUUUGAGUCUAUACGGACAUUUGUACAUGAAAGUCCUGCAUUAAUUUUGGUGUUUGCCGUUGGAUCUUUGGGAUUGAUUUUUGCAUUGACUUUAAACAGACAUAAACAUCCCCUUAACCUGUACCUGCUUUUUGGAUUUACAUUAUUGGAAGCUCUGACUGUGGCCUUUGUUGUUACUUUCUAUGAUGUACAUAUUAUUCUCCAAGCUUUUGUACUGACUACUGCAGUAUUUCUUGGUUUGACUAUAUAUACCUUACAAUCUAAGAAAGAUUUCAGCAAAUAUGGAGCAGGAUUGUUUGCUGUUUUGUGGAUUUUGUGUUUGUCAGGAAUCUUGAAGUUUUUUUUUUAUAGUGAGACAGUGGAAUUGGUCAUGGCUGCUGUAGGAGCCCUCCUUUUCUGUGGAUUCAUCAUCUAUGACACUCACUCACUGAUGCAUAGGCUGUCACCUGAAGAGUAUGUAUUAGCCUCCAUCAACCUCUACUUGGAUGUCAUCAAUCUAUUCCUGCACCUGCUGCGGUUUUUGGAAGCAGUUAAUAAAAAGUGAUUGAAAGCCGUAUGCAGAAACUAAUUCAUUAAUAAAAAGCAACUCAAAGCAAGAUAUAGAAACUGAUUCAUUAAUAAUACUUUAUUACUGAUUCAGUAAUAAAGUUUGAGACAUAAUCAACUAUUAAAUACUUUUAUUACUUUAUUUGUAUGCUAUGUACUUUGGAGCUACUGCUAUAAUACAGCAUGUACUUGAAUAAUGUCAUUUUGUUCAACGUCAUUUCAUUAUAAUGUUGAUGAGGAAGGAAAAAAAUUAUAGCACUUAACUAAGGGCCAGUAAAACUUUGGAAAACUCCCUCACUGUAUUAGUUUGUUCGGGCUGCCAUAAUGAAGUUCUACAAACAGGGUGGCUUAAUCAGAAAUUUAUCUUCUCACAGUUCUGAAGGCUAGAAGUCCAAGAUUAUGGUGUUGGCAGGGCUGGUUUCUCUGAGGCAUCUCUUUUGGCUUGUAGAUAGAUGGUCAUUCUCUCUGUGUCUUCACAUCGUUUCUCAUUGUACUUGUCUGUAUCCAGAUUUCUUCUUACAAGGAUACCAGUCAUUGGAUUAGGGCUCCCUAGUGACCUAAUUUUGCCUUAAUUUCCUAUUUAGGGUCCUAUCUCCAAAUACAAUCACAUUCUGAGGUACUAGGGGUUAGUACUUUGCAGUGGUCUGAUCUGAAUAUUUGUGUCCCACCAAAUUCAUAUGUUGAAAGCUAAUGUCCAGUGUGAUGGUUUCAGGAACAGCUUUUGGGAUGUGAUUAGGUCAUGAAGGUAGAGCUUUCAUGAAUGGAAUUAGUACAAGGAAGACCCUGCAGAGAUCUCUCACCUCUUUUCCCAUGUGAGGUUACAGCAAAAAGACAUAUAGUCUGUGAACCAGGAAGAGGGCCUAUGCCAGAGAUCAAAUCUGCGGGCACCUUGAUCUUGAUCUUUCACACCUCCAGAACUGUGAGAAAUAAAUGUCUGUUCAUAAAUUACCCAGUCUCUAGUAUUUUGUUAUGGCAGCCCUAAUAUAUUAAGAUAGGCUUCAUCAUAUGAAUUGAGGGGUGGGGAGCACCACUCAGCCUAUAACACUCACUAAACAUCAUUUUUUCCCAGCUGUCAAGUUGAAAUAAAUUAGUAGUAUGGAGCUCUGGCUGGAUGGCUCAGCAUUGGUUGGAGCAUCAUCCCAUGCACCAAAAGGUUGCGGAUUUGGUUAGGACACAUACCUAGGUUGAGGGUUCAAUCCCCAGUUGGGUCACAUAGAGAGGCAACUGAUUGAUGUUUCUCUCCCUCCCUCUAUCCCUCCUUUCCCUCCUUCCUUCUGUCCUUCUUUUCUUUCCUUUUUCUCUCUCUUCCUCUUUCUUCCCCUCUCCCCCUUCCUCUAUCUCUAAAAUCAAUAAACAUAUCCUCAGGUGAGGAUUAAAAAAAAUUUAGAAAAAAUUUAGUACGGAUUUAGCUUCUCGUAAGUUUUAGAUGUAAAUUUGAUCACUGAAUAUACAAUUGCUUUCAUACUGUACUUAAGUUUAACACAGCAUAGUGAGUAAGAGCAUCUAGAUUAGAAUCAUUGCUAUGCAACUGAAAGUAAUGUGGCCUUUGGCAAGCUAUUUAUCCUUCCUUCCAUAGGUCUUUUGCAUCAUCUUUAUAAUGGGUUGAUAAUACCUACCUUAUUUGGCUGAUACAUGGGUUAAAUAUAGCAUAUAAAAUAAGCAUAAUGUCAACUGCUUUAUUAAUAAUUUUUUCAGUUCAAAGGCAGAAUGUACUAAAUUGCAAGUAAAGAUACUAAAUAGCAAAAGCUGAUUUGACAUUUCAAAAAUGUAAAACAAUGCCACUGUUUUCAGUAAAUUUUCUUUUUGGUUUGGGAAAUAGUUUUUUAAUUAAAAAUGUAGACAUGUAAUUAAUUAACCUUUCUAAAAUGACAAAUUUUCAAAAAAUUAUUUUAAGUUUUGUAUGACAAAUACUGUAAUUCCUAAGAGUGUAAAGCGGUCACAAGACCAAGAAGUUUGAAAACCACUGGUGUAGACUUGGAGUGGUGAACACACAACACAGUGUACAGAUGAUGUAUUGCACAAUUGUGUACCUGAAAUCUGUAUAACUUUGUUAACUAGUGUCAUCCCAAUAAAUUUAAAAAAGAAGAAAAACCA